UCUUGCAGUGAUCUGUGUCUGUAAGCACGGAGUUUUCCGGUCUUCCAAAGUGGGAAGCAGGUGAAAAGCCCGGAGAGCUAAAAAUUACAACAGUCACAGGGUCGCCAGGGUCAGGUCAAAGUGACAUAAUCAAACGUCCAGACACGUCGACGCUACGAACCAUUUUUAAAUUUAUCGGGCAGCGAGCACGCUAACAUCAGAGCUAGCUUUGCUGGCUGGCUUGGUUCUACUUUGUCCAUUGGAAAGGCGGGGAAUACAAAGCGUCGUGCCAUCGCUAGCGGCACUGAUGUUCCUUUGAAUGUAUCCGCUACACCAGAGACUCAAGCAAGAGCCAACUUUACCUUGACUUUUUGGAAGAAUUCGGAAAUUAUCUGUCCCAGUACAUGGAUUAUCUGUGUUUCCGAGCGCUCUGCUGCAAAGGACCUCCCCCGCCCAGGCCGGAGUAUGACGUGGUGUGCAUUGGACUGACAGGUGCCGGCAAGACCAGUCUGCUCUCCCGCCUGUGCAGCGAAGCCACAGACAACAUCGUGCCCACCACAGGUUUUAGCAUCAAAGCUGUCCCAUUCCAGAAUGCCAUCUUGAACGUAAAGGAACUCGGAGGAGCCGACAACAUCAAGAAGUACUGGAGCCGCUACUACCAGGGGUCGCAGGGCGUGGUCUUCGUCCUGGACAGCGCCUGCUCGGAGGAGGACCUGGAAGUGGCGCGGGCGGAGCUCCACUCGGCCCUGCAGCACCCCCAGCUCUGCACGCUCCCCUUCCUAAUACUGGCCAACCACCAGGACAAGCCCGCGGCGCGCUCAGUGCAGGAGAUAAAGAAGUAUUUCGAGCUGGAGCCGCUGGCACGAGGUAAGCGGUGGAUUCUAGAGGGCAGCUCGGUGGACAACAUGGAGGCCGUGAGAGAGAGCUUCAGUCAGCUGAUCAGUCUCCUGGAGGAGAAGGAGACGGAGCCAGGAAGGAUAUGAGGGGAUCCCCCCGCAGGACAGUAAAGAGCUGCGGCCCACGUCGAAUAAGCUGUGCAGGCCGAGCGGCGGCCUCUCCCUACGCCUGGCGCAUCAAUGCGGGUGCAGGUGUCGUGGUGUUUUCAUCUCGGUUCCAUCUUUCUUACCGCAAACGACAAAACCAGAGAGCCUGGGGCCGAGUGCGGAUGCCAACGGCCACAUAUCCUCAUGGAGGAGAGCAAAUAUCAAGUUAAGCUCCCAAUUUGACAAAGAUACAGUUCCAAAAAGUAUUACGUAAAUUCUACA